UUUGUUGCGAAAACUUAGAUUGAGUUUGCCAAGCUGUAAGCUUCAUAUCGUGACGUUUCCCAGUCUAUAUUUGCCAUAAAAUUCAGAUCUUUUCACGGGAUAAAUUUGGUUUGGAUGAAGGUAUGGGUAGUGUCAACUCUUCCCAGUUAAAGCCGAUACCAUCGUCUGCUGAUGAAUUCAAAGCAGAAUAUGACACUUUUAAGAAGUUUGAUGAAAAUUCAGAUACAACUCCCAGGGCAUUACUUUCGCAUUUCAUGUUGUCAAGUGUGAAAAUUCAACGCCAUCCAGAAUUUGCCAUGAUUUUGCUUAUUGGAAGUUGUGGAUGUGGUAAAUCAUCAACAAUGGAUCAUUUACUGAAUAUCGAAGAUCCUGUUGCAAAAAUAAGUAAUGAAGGAUCAGCCAAUAGAAAAACAUCUGAAUACAUUCUUACUUUUGAUGAACCGAGUUAUGAAGUUUGUGAUUUAGUUAUGAGUGUUAUUGAUACCCCUGGCUUCAAUGAUAUCCAUGGCGUUAAACAAGAUGCAUGUAAUUUUGUAUCUAUUCAACAAUAUUUUAGAACGCAUCCGAAGUUUCCUGCGGAAACAAAGAUUUAUCCAAAUCUUGUGUUCUUUGUUGCAAAAGCUGAUGACACGAGAAUGAAGGGAACUAAUUCCCAAAUUUCGAAAUGUUUGAGAGGCAUAAAGUUGUUGGAUGUCGUUGACAUCAGUCAUCCAAAUCUCGUUGUGAUCUUAACAUUUGUUUGUUCUGUUGGCUUCAAGAAUCCAGAAAAAUGGCAAGUAAAGAUGCAGGAAAAGAAAAAUCUUGUGUCCGACUUGGUUUUUGAAAUUUUAGGAGUCAGGACGUCUGUUGUAUUGAUAGAAAACGAUCCCUUAGAAGAAUACGAACUUGAAAAGGAUGGAGAUUUCACGAUUCUUCCCAACGGUGAACGACAGCCUCUGAACUUAUACAAUGCCUGCCUAAGCCUACUGGACAAAAGCAGAGAUGGAAAGGAAAAAAGAGAUAAAUUUGGGCAUAUGGUGUUGAAUGCAGCGUUUAAACAAAAGAAAAAAGAGCGGCCGACAAAUGGUUAUGAAGUUAAAGCCAAAGAUUCAAAGAAAGAGCCAUUAUCACAAGAGGAGUUGGAGUUUGCCAAUGAAUUAAUUGAAGCUCCUGGUAGAGAUUUUGAUAAAGAAAUGAGCUGUGUAGCUACUUCCCAGUUAAAGCCCAUGCCAUCAUCUAAUGAUGAAUUUAUAGCAGAAUAUGAAACGAUUAAGAAGCUUGAUGAAAACUCAGAACCAACUCCCAGAGCAUCACUAUAUAGUUUCAUUUUGUCAAGUUCCGCAAUCCAACGCCAUUCAGAAUUUGCCAUGAUUUUGCUUGUUGGAACUAGUGGAUGUGGUAAAUCAUCAACAAUAAAUCAUUUACUUGAUAUCGGAGAUGGAACUCCUGUUGCAAAGACAAGUAAUGUAGAAUCAACCACAAGAAAAACAUCUGAGUAUACUCUUACUUUCGACGAACCGAAUUAUGAAGUUUGUGAUUUAGUUAUGAGUGUUAUUGAUACCCCUGGCUUCAAUGAUAGCGAUGGCGUUGACCAAGAUGCAUGUAAUUUUGUAUCUAUUCAACAAUAUUUUAGAACGCAUCCGAAGUUUCCAGCGGAAACAAAGAUUUAUCCAAAUCUUGUGUUCUUUGUUGCAAAAGCUGAUGACACGAGAAUGAAGGGAACUAAUUCCCAAAUUUUGAAAUCUUUGAGAGGCAUAAAGUUGUUGGAUGUCGUUGACGUCAGUCAUCCAAAUCUCGUUGUGAUCUUAACAUUUGUUUGUUCUGUUGGCUUCAAGAAUCCAGAAAAAUGGCAAGUAAGGAUGCAGGAAAAGAAAAAUCUUGUGUCCGACUUGGUUUUUCAAAUUCUAGGAAUCAGGGCGCCUGUUGUACUGGUAGAAAAUGAUCCCUUAGAAGACUUCGAACUUGAAAAGGAUGGAGAUUUCACAAUUCUUCCCAACGGUGAACGACAGCCUCUAAACUUAUACAAUGCUUGCCUAAGCCUACUAGAAAAAAGCAGAGAUGGAAAGGAAAAAAGAGAUAAAUUUGGGCAUAUGGUAUUGAAUGCUGCAUUCAAACAAAAGAAAAAGGAUCGACCGACAAAUGGUUAUGAAGUUAGAGCCAAAGAUUCAAACAAGGAGCCAUUAUCACAAGAGGAGUUGGAGUUAACCAAUGCUUUUAUUCAAGCUUCCAGAGGAGGUGAUACCAACCCACUUGUCAUACAUGCUAUGGAUUAUCUUACCGAGAAUGACAUUCAGGAAGAAUCUGUGAAAAAAGAAAUUUUAGAACUUGUGGAAACUAUGAAUUCGAUGGGAUUAUCGAAUAAGUCAAAUUUGAAGCAUACAACCAUCAGUGAAAUCAACUAUCAUCACACAGAUAGUAUUACUGAACAUGGCCUUCAAAUGUUGGAAAAGAAAUUUCGUAUGAAAUGUGCUGAUAUUACUUCGUUUCAUGCAGCUGAAUUCAUUGGUCAAGGAUACAAUGUUGUCAUCAACAAGUCCGUUCCAGCUCAGGUUUUGAAAUUUUCAGUGGUUGACAAUAAACAAUUUGGCUUUAAAAUUCCUGAAUGUGCACAAAUAAUGAAGUUAAAUGAAACUCGAACCACCCAAAUACAUACACAAUCGCAUGAAAGCUAUAUUCGAUCGCGCCUUCUAAACUUUGGCUUGAAUGUUAACAUAGCACCUGCAAUAUUGAAGAUUGCCCCAAAGUUUGAUAUGACUUACAGCGAGAAGCGUCAAAAAAGUGACUCGGGAUCUUCAACUACUAAAAAGGAAUUGACAGAAGUGAGAAUAGCAAAGAUAAAUGUUGGUGAAUUUAAAUCGAAGAAAAUUGCUUUUACUGACGCGUUUCUAUCUGUUGUAAGCGAAUUGCCAAAAGGAAAUAUGGAGGAAAAGAAAGCGAAGCAAAAGUUUACAGAUUUUUUCAAUAGAUUUGGUCAGUUUGUCGUCACUUCUGCUUAUGUUGGAGGAGCAGUUGAAGUUGAAACUUGUGAUGAUAACAUGAAAAUUUCAAACAAAGAUGAAGAUUGUGCUGACGGAGGAAUUGAUUCAUCUCUCCCUGGGGCGUUGAGAUUUUCAGGAAAACAUGAAUUGUCAGUAAACAAAGAAAGCAAUCAAGUUUCAAGCAUUUCAACAACUCAAUGGAAAGGUGGACGUUCUGACUUGCAUGACGAAGGUACGUUGCACUCAAAUGAAAAAUUCUUGGAAUGGAAGACAUCUAUUGCUAACGAUCCAGUAUUUUUAACAAAUGAAUUGACAAUGGAGCCGAUUUCUACUUUUGUUGGCAUGAUAGACGUGGAAAAGGGAAAUCUUUGCUACCAAGCAUUGCAAAAACUUUUCCAAAAUAAACACCUAAAUCUUCACAAUGACAAUGUAACGCAAACAAAAAGCUUGGCGAAAGGAAGCAAAAACUCCAACACAAGAGUUGGUUCUACUAAAGAUCCUGAUACUAGUGAUUGGUCAAAAAUGUUUGGUGGCCACGCAAAGAAGACUGGAGCAGGUGUGCUGACUGUUAUUGGUUUUGUUGUUGGUGCUGUUUGUAUUGCAAUAUUUUUUGGACGACGAUAAGAUUGAUGUUGUUAGAUUGAUGAUAAAAGUUAACAUUAAAUGCAAAAAUGUAUGUUAACAGCAUUAUUAUACUUGUUCAAAAAUUUGAAAAGCGAGUUAGUGCAUAAUUAAAGCAUUAAAAUAUCUCGCUGAGGAAAUUUUACAAACUACUGCCAACGUAGGCAGCCACGUUUUACAAAAAUUCAACAAAUUUUUUCAACAUAACAAUUUACAUUUUUUGAAUCUAACAAAUGAAAAGUGAGAAGACUCAUUUAACAGCCAAGAUUAAUAUACUGCCUCACUGGCCUCUCAGAAAAUUGUUUUUGUUCAACAUAUUAACUAAGUGAAUUCAAACGCUUAUGUCAUACUAAAACGUGAAUGCAAAUAUUUCAUCAAAGAACACCAAUCGCUCCUUAAUAUUUUUAUCAUAAUUCUUCAGCAAUUUGAAUAGACUUUUCUAGAAAUCAUAAUCAGUUGACAAGAUAAUUCCUGUCUAACGCAGUCCACGCUGUUUCAAAUAGUUUACACUCGCAAAAAACUUACUUUUCUUCUUCAUGUGUUAAACUUUUAUGCACGAAGUAUUUUAUGCUGAAAAACUGUGGUUGCAUGUAAAUAUAUUUUCUGAAACUCAAUUUUUUACUUCGAAUAAAAGUUGUAUAUAUAGCAUAUGGUAUUGGAAUUUAGUUACAGCUUGUUCAGCAUGGUUGUCAUGCACUCCAUCUUCAAAGCUUUUGAAUUUUGAUGAAAUAGGAGUCUUUAAAGAGGCAAUAGUGAGACAAGUGCAUGUGUUUGCUCACAAUGUUCUCAUAUACACGUGUAAAGACUAUUUUAUCCUUUUACUUGCUUGCACCUUUGAGAAAUACAAAAAAAAAGAUGAACAAACGCUUCUCUCAGACUGUGUAUAUGAAAAUAACUUCCAAAAACUGAAGUUUACCAUCAUUUCAUAUGCCUUCCCAAUUAUUUGUUCAGUAAAGCGAGUGUCUACUAAAUAUAGCAUUUAUGAAAAUAGGAUGUAAAAAUAGCAUCUAUUUAUACUUGCAAGAAAAUCUUCUAACUUAUAUUAUGUUUGAAAAUGUCUAUGAUGCAUUGAUCAUUAAUACUUCAACAUUAAUUAUACUCUGAAACAUUGGUA